AACAACAGGGUCAUGAGUGAUGAAGAGUUCAAGCAGAAGCAGAUGGAUGUGGACAAGGACAUGGAGAAGCUAGCUAUCAGCAAGGAGAAGCAGAGUGCUGACUUUGGCAAGAUGAAGGAGAUGGAGAAGCUGGCUCAGGAGCUGAAGGAGAUGAAGUGCAUUCUUAGGUCUCAGGGGGAGAUCAUUAGGAACACAAGGAAGGAGAGGGAUGAGAUGAAGAAAGAGAGGGACAGGCUGGUAGAGGAGAAGAAGAAGCUGGAGUUUCUGGUGGGUGAUCUUAUGAAAGCUGGUCAUGGCAACAAGGACAAGCUUGCCAAGAUCAAGUCAAUCCUUGAUGAGUGAACAAUGAUGUUCAUCACCUCAGUUAUGUUAAGCUAAUAUGUGGCCUU